UUUGUUGCUCGCGCUGCUUUCCAUGCUUUUAUGCCCUUCCAAAGUCAUUUACUCUUAAAAUGUGAGCACCAUUGUUGAAACAACGUUGUGCUAACGUGUUCUUGCCAGGGCUGCGGUGUCGUUCAACGGAAAGCAGCUCUGUCACGGGAAUAACGUUUCAUUCGCAAGCUCAACGGGAGAUGCAGCUACGGAGAAAGAACGCCAGGUGGCUCGAGGGUGAAGAGCUGCGCGACGCCCUCAGUCAGGUUGUCGAGAGCAUCCUGGAGCACGAAGACGCUGAGCAUUUCUCACACCCGGUUGACGAACGGCUCUACCCAAAUUACUCGAUCGUAGUCAAGGAACCGAUGGAUCUGUCGCGCAUCAAAGCUAAAUUAGAAAGCUGCACGUAUACGUCCUGCGAAGGCUUUGUCAAGGACAUCAAGAGGAUGGUGGAGAACUGUGCCUUCUACAACGGCUUUCAGAGCGAACUGGCAAGAAAGGGUUACAGUCUGUGGCUAGCUACGUUAGACAUCCUCCAGAGGGUGUUUGGAACAGACUUUGGAAGCGUCUCCACUCCAGAGGAGCCCCUGAACAACCGCAAGGAUUACCUGCAGACAGACGCAAAGAGGAGGAGGAAACACAAACAAGUCCCAAGUGCCCUGGAUGCCCUCUCCACAGCAACAAUCAAAGCUCUCGAGGAUUCGAGUGACCUGACGUAUGACAUCUGUCGCCUGACUGGGAGCCUGGAAGCCAUCGGAGACGUGAGCGGGUACUUCCCGGACCUCAAGAUUGGUGGGACGCACAGCCAUUCCCCCGAGCUGGUGGCAAAGUACUGCAGCCAGCCCGAAGGCAUCACCCAGCAACAUACCAACGAAGCCAGCACACGGGACGACGUUGACAAUGGAAGCCGUACUGAAGACGUUCCACUGACAAACACGGAAAGAGAUGACUGGCCAUCACAACAGACGUGGGGACACAAGCAGGACACUAACAUCGUUCGGUGUUCCUCUGCGCCGCCACAAUAUCGUCGAAACUCGCCCGUCAGCCAAUCAAGUUUGAGUCCAACGGACAAAGAUAGCCAAUUGCACACCAACGUACCCCCCAGAGACAACUGCAGCGAAUGUCGAGAGAUAGAGGCCGAAAUUACGAACGUCUUGCAAAACGUCUCUCAGGUCUCCGAGAGCUCCUCCCCGUACUCGAGCAAGGUGGAAACCCGACCGAGAAACUGUCACGAAGAGGGGCCCACUGGUGUUCCGCCCGAGUUGGAUCUUUGCUGCCUGGACCGAUCCGGCGCUUCGGACUACUUCAACGAAGAGGUCUCCGGUCCACUACCCCAGCUCUCGCCUUCUGGGAUAUCCUCUUUGCUGCCCACCACUGGCAACGCAUCCCUGCAGCGUAUGAGUCAACUUGUCGCGGAGAUUCCGGUUCCUCCAACGAAGCCUUUCAGCGGUGGGUUUCAGCGACGGCGGCAGGUGCAAGAUGAUCCUCAUCAAGAGCAGCAGUCCUUCUUCCGUCCACUGUGUUGUCCCCAGUAUGCAGUAGUGGUGCCGAGCAACGUACUAACAGUGGAUGGCGCGUCGCUUUGUAAUUUCCUUCCCGACAGGGUCUUCCUGCAGCCCUUUCCCUCUUUUGGUCAACAGGUUUCUCGACAGACCUUUGGAAAUGCAAGGUGGUUGCAAACCGUGCAAGUUCAAAGAGGUAUUUCUCAGCACUAAAAAUUUAGCAUUGCUCCAAAAGUGCACUUUAUUUGGAGUGCAACGUGGCACCGCUUAGACUCACACAAGCUUUGCCCGUCAGUUCCCCCUCAGUGAUGGAAACACGAGCCAGCGACGUGGGAGAGCCAAGAUAACAGCGUGUACAUAUCUUUUCUGUUAAUAAAUGUUUUUCC